AUGUUUGCAGCGAUUCUCGUUUUCUUCAAUAUAGUAGUGACAGUCUAUUCCGAAUCUCCUAUUAAUUUGCCCGAUUCUCCUGACAAUGAUGUGGUCCAAUAUUCCGGAUAUUUAGAUUUCGACAACAACCAAGUUCAUUAUAUGUUUGUUUUGGCCGAAAAUGAUUCCAGUUCCAGUCCAGUCUUGGUUUGGCUGGGCAGUUCCCCAGGAUGUUCUUUACUCUAUCAUUAUUUUGAAUUUUUGGGCCCAUAUAUCAUUGAUACAAAUUCAAACGGUUCAUUGGUGCGAAAUAAUAAUGCAUGGAGUAAAAUCGGUAAUCUGUUGGUCAUUGAUAAUUCCAUCAAUGCAGGAUUCUCCUAUGGUCGAACUGAAACGCCUAAUGUGUACAGGAGGAGAGAUCUCACUUACAAGGCACUUUUACGAUUCUUUGAAAUAUUUCCACAAUUCAAGGGAUUGUUCUUCGGCAAUGCUAUCUUAGAUUUAAAUGAACUUACCACAGACCGAACAAUAUUUAUGUAUGGCCAUGGCUUUCUUGAUGAAAGACUUUAUCAAAUAGUACGUCAAAAUUGCUGUAAGGGUGUGAUGGAAGAAUGCAAUUUCCUUCAACCAUUCGGAGACGAAUUUUGUCGGAACGCCGCCUUUUAUUUAACAUCAUCAUUUUUGGAAUCCAGUUUAAAUAUUUAUAAUAUGAAUCAAAAAUGUAAAAAUAAUUCUCAAAUUACGAAAGCCAUUCGCGACAUUCGAAAUAAAAUUACGACGAUCGCAGAAUUUAUGAACAGUUUUGCAGCGCAAAUGGAUGUGGAAUGCGUUGAUGAAACUCCCUUUGCUUCAUAUUUAAAUAGAGCUGAUAUUCGGCAAGCUUUAAAUAUACCGGAAAAUGUGAAACCGUGGAAUAUAAUUGUAAAUUAUAAUUCUUUGCUGCCGAUAAGCAAUUACUAUGCGAUGAAAAUGGUUGUUAAUUCUGGAAUUCGUUUAUUUUUUUACAGCGGUGAUUCGUGCUUAAUGGCACCUAUGCUUCAUUCACAAAAAUUUGCUAGUAAACUCGGAUUUGAGAAAACUUCUGCGAAAAAACCAUUUUCUAUAGAGAAAAAUCGGGUAGCUGGUUAUCAUACACAAUAUGGCUUAAUCGAUUUAGUGACAAUAUUGAGAGCUGGUGUCUAUGCAAAAGAAAGGCCUGCGGAGGCUUUGCAUGCAAUGAACGCAUUUCUUAAAGGCGAAAAGCCAUGA